AUGGAUGAGGCGCAGACGACUCCCGUCGCCGACCUCAAGAGAGAACAGUCAGAGCCGUCGGGCGCCGCUCAGAAUGGCCUUGAUGCCGCGACCACCGACGGCGAUAACGCUGUCGACACCACCACAUCCCUAGAUCAGGUCCCUGCAUCGCAACCAGCAGAACCAGACUCGGUGCUUGAUGCCCCCGGCGCGCAUGCGACAACGACUGAUGCACCGCCCGCUGCCGCCGAUGACCCAGAUGGCGAGAAUGAAGACGCUGAGAUGGGUGGACUCGACGACGAUGCCAAAGCUGAGGACGUCGAGGGCGAGAAGGAUGCUAUGGAAGACUCACAAGCGACGCCCGCACCAGGCGCUGCCGCCGAGAAGACUCAGACGUCAGAAGAGAUGGCGGCCGCUGCAAACUCACAUCUUGUCCAACAAACACACCAGAUCAUUCUACCCAGUUACAGCACCUGGUUCGACAUGCAUCAGAUCCAUCCCCUCGAGAAGAAAUCAUUACCGGAGUUCUUCAACGCCCGGAAUCGAAGCAAGACGGCGGCGGUCUACAAGGACUAUCGCGACUUCAUGAUCAACACAUAUCGCCUGAACCCGGUCGAGUAUCUCACAGUCACAGCCUGCCGGCGCAAUCUGGCUGGAGAUGUAUGCGCUGUCAUGAGAGUACACGCCUUCCUCGAGCAAUGGGGCUUGAUCAAUUAUCAGGUCGAUCCUCAGACCCGUCCAUCUAACAUCGGUCCUCCUUUCACUGGCCACUUCCGCAUCACAGCCGACACUCCUCGCGGUCUGCAGCCCUUCCAACCCGGUCCCAACACAUUUACCACAUCAGGAAAGCCACAUGCUUCCACAGAUCGAGCCAAGUCCGCCACACCUGCCACCAAGGCCGAACUCAACGUUGAGCUGCGCCGGAAUGUGUACGACGAGAAAGGAAAGGAGCUCAAAUCGAAAGAAGACUCCGAGAAACAGGCCAACGGUGAGACCACAAACGGCGCUGCAUCUGCCGAAGCCGCCACAAAAGCCAUGGACGAGGCGGCAGCCGAGCCUAAAAAGACUCACAACUGCUACUCAUGUGGCAUCGACUGUACCCGCAGCCGCUUUCACUACGCCAAGACCGACGCCGCAAGCAAUAACACCACCAAGCCAGACGAGCUCAAAUACGAUCUCUGCCCCAACUGCUACUUCCAGUCGCGAAUGCCUAGCACCCACCGAUCCUCAGACUUUGUCAAGAUGGAAGAUCCCAACCACACUACUAUCCCUGACAAAGAUGCACCCUGGACCGACACCGAAAUCCUACUUCUCCUCGAAGGUCUCGAGACCUUUGACAGCGACUGGGCCUCUGUAGCCAAGCAUGUCGGCACACGCACCCGAGAAGAAUGCGUCAUGAAGUUCCUCCAACUCGACAUUCAAGACCAGUACCUUGAAGACGGCGGCCAGACCAGCAAUACCAGCCUGCGCACACUCGGCGGUCGAGAACCCAUCAGUCAGAGCGAGAACCCCGUGAUGUCAGUCGUCAGCUUCCUAGCGCAGAUGGCUGACCCGAAAGUUCUCACGGCCGCAACCGGUCGAAGCGCCGCCGAGGCACUCUCAACCUACAAGUCCAAGCUGGACAAAGGUAUGGGCGGCAACACCGCAGCGCAUGCAGCGACAGACGGUGCAGUCAAGGACCCCAAACCCGAAACCUCAUCAGCCGAAGACACCAUGGACGUCGACACAAACGCCAACGGCAACACAUCCAAACCCUCGGAACCAAGCGCCGACCUAGCAACAACAGCCCUCUCCCUCGCCUCAACCCGCUCCACAACCCUCGCCUCCUUGGAGGAACGCGAACUCACUCGUCUAGUUGGCGCCGCUGUCAACCUUACCCUCUCCAAGCUGCAGCUCAAACUACAACAAUUCUCCGAAAUGGAGGAGAUCGUGCAGGCCGAACGCAGAGACCUAGAAAAGUCCCGACAGCAAUUGUUCCUGGAUAGGUUGGCGUUUAAGAAGCGGUAUCAGGAGAUGGAGGGGGCGUUUAGGAUGGCGAGUUUGAAGGGCCCAGAGGAAGGUUUGGCAAUUAUUAGGGGUGUUGUUGGUGGCGGGAAGGGGCGACCGGGAUAUGAGUUCGGUAACGACGGUGUCGCUGGUGACGAGAGUUCGCUGGCGGCGCCUAAUCAGGAUGCCGAAGGGUAUAAGAAGAUGGAAUUCUAG